GAUGGGACUGGGCGCCCUGGAGCAGGGGGCGGGGCUUGUCGGGGAGACUCGGGCCGUAGAGGAACCCAAGGAGAGGCGGAGGCUCAGGCAUGGCGGACUGCAGGUCCCGAGCCCUGCCCCGCAGGGAGGCAGCUAAGGCCAGGCGAGAAAUCGAGCGCAGCGCCAGUGGGCCAGCACUGCUGGGGGACCCAGUACACCCUCCGCAGCCGCUGGCCCGGGUGCUAAGUCCCUCAUUGCCCGGGGCCGGCCGGCCGGCCGUUCCGAGUGCGGGGCCCGCCAAGCCCACGCCCACCCGAACUCCAGCUGACCCGCAAGCGCCGCGCGCAGCCCCGGUUCCCGCUUACGCCUCUCCCUCCACACCUCCCUGCAAGCUGAGGGAGCCAGCUCCGGCCUUGGCCAGCCCAGAAGGGGCUCCCACAGUGCAGCGGCGGGCUGAAGGGCUCCUCAAGCGCGGCCAGAGUGGGCGCAAAGGCCGAGGAGGCGCCGAGAGCGAGCGAAGGCUGUGAGGGCUGCCAGCAACGCUGUCACUUCUCAAUAAUAUUUCACCUGUGAAUACUACACCAUUUAAGACAUCUCCCUGCUUCUCCUUUGCCUUCCAUCAUGACUGAAAGUUGUCUGAGGUCUCCCAGCCAUGUGUCCUGUACAGCCUGUGGAACUGUGAGUCAGUUAUACUCCUUUUCUUCAUAAAUUACCUAGUCUCAGGUAGUUCUUUACAACAGUGUGAAAACAGACUAAUACAAAUAUCAUAGAAAAAAAUUCAUAGAAGUAGAGUUAAUUCAAUAAAACCCACCACAGUUACUUUAAAGCACUGUGUGAUAGUGUUUAAGCCACCCAGUUCUUGAUAUUUUGUCAUGGCAGCUCUAAAAGAAUAAUACAGGAGGUGACAUCUAUAUUAAGUAUUGGCAGAAUUUAGCUUAGCAGAGAAAAGAGAGUUUGGGUAAGACUAUUUGGGGUAGCAGUAUGUGCAAGAGAACAGUAAGGUGAGAGGACUUGGCUGUUUAGUGUAAACCACCAGUCUAGACAGGUUGUGGCCUAGGACAUAGAUGAGCUGGAACAGGGGUAUCAAGACAUGAGAUCCAAGUGUGGCUGGGAAAGCAUGAACGAUGGAACCUCACAUGCCUGGCUAACACAUGUUGAUUUCAUCAUAAGUUCCCCUUUGCCCAGUGGAAUUCACAUUUGUGAAGCCAGGCAAAGAUCAACAUUUUCCCAAAUUCCUAUAAAAACAUGAGAGGUGCCCUGGAAAUUCUGGUGGAAGUAAAUGUUAUAUUUGAUACACAUAUUGUAUUUUCCCUUUUUCUCUUGUCUUCCUAUGUUUCAGAUGUAGAAAGGAAAAAGGGAGAGAAAUGGAGACAUUUAUUGAAUCCAGGCACCAUGCUGUGGAUUGCUAAAUACAGCUUCGUAAUUUGCAUCUAGUUAUCUGGUCUUCCAAGCUAGCUUUUUCAAGUAUUUUUACCUUUACACAUAAAGUUCUAUUGGAGAUGUACUUCACCCUUUUCUGCACUAAAGAGUUUAAUUUUUCAAGACUCAGUUCAAACUUCAUUUUGUUCUGUGAACAUUUCUCUGGUUUUCAGAAAGUUAUUCACAUGCCACUCUCACUCUGCACCACUACAUGAAUAAUGUAUUUCUAUGGUUAUAUUAUCACAUUGUAUAAAAACCCUUCAACAAAGAAGGACAAAUGUUGCCUGUUCUCACUCCUAUGUGGGAGCUAAAAAUUUAAAAUAUUAAACUCAUGGAGGUAGAGAAUAGAUUCAUGGUUACCAAAGACUGGGAAGGGUAGUGGGAAGACAGAGAUAAAGUGAGUAUGGUUAAUGGGUGCAAAAAUCCAGUUAGAUAUAAUGAAUAAUAUCUAGUAUUUGGUAGCACAUUAGGCUGGCUAUAGUUAACUAUCAUUUGUUACAUAGUUUAAAAUAGCUGGAAAAGUAGAAUUGGAAUGUACCUAACAAAGAAAUGAUAAAUGCUUAAAGUGACAGAUACCCCAAUUAUCCCCAUUUAAUCAUUGCACAUUGAAUGCUUGUAUCAAAACAUCACAUAUAACUUAUAAUUAUAUGUAAUCAUUAUGUACCCAUAAUGAUUUAAAAAUUAGAAAACAACAACAACAACAACAACAACAACAAAAGCGUGUUCUGGUAAAGGGCCUGGUGCAUGUUAGGUGACCCCGACACACAUAACCCGAGUACUCUGACGUGUGUGUCCACACAGCGGCACACAGAUGGCACUAAGAUUGAGUGAGAUCUUGUGGAGGCACAUGUCUUCUCUGAACCUGUUUUCUCAUCUCUAAAAGGAGAGAGGUUGAAACUGUCAGACACUCUAUUCUUAAAAUCCGGGAUUUGAUAAGUGAGACAUCAUGUGACAUGCUCUUCAAGAGAUAUGCAGGUAGCUCCUAACGACAUUUGAUAUAUUCAAAGAGAUGAAUUUCUCUAUGCCAGAAUGAGAACAGAAUAAAAUAAUUUGAGAAGACCAGAGUAUACACCAGAUCCAGAUCUGCAGAAGGUGACUGCUACAAAGAGAGAGAUUGUCAAUUUGAGGAAUCAGUCUCUGAAAAUACUUUACAUGAAGACUGUAAGACACAAUAUACUAAUUAGAAUGCCCUCUUCUUGGGUUAUUCUUUUGUGUUCUUUCAUUUUCCAGUGUAAGAAUCUACUUAGGAAAAUCUGCUAAGAACUUAGCUAUAACUUUGAGUGGUACAUAACUUUAUUACCUCAAAUGGUAGCUAAUUAAGAGAUAGAGUGUUUCAGAGAAUUCGUGGUAAUUACUGCUUCUGUUGCUCAUCUCUUUCUGACAUCUGAUGUUUUAUGAAAAUCUGAGGGUUCCACAGAACCUGUGAUAGUAUUUAUUUUGCCAGGUGAGCAUUUCAAGUUUAAAGAGACACCUUUAAGUGGGGACACCCCGCAGGCACACUGGCCAUAGUGAUCGUGCUGAAGCCAGUCUGCCCUUGUGGCUGCAUUGUCAUGGGCCUUUCAGAAGAGAAAAAAAAAAAAAAACACUUUUGGAGUCACUCUACCAUGUUAUAAAUCUCCUUUUUUCAUCCUUUACUAAUUCUGUUAGUCUUGGGAGAGUUUUACACACCUCUGGUCUUUUUUUUUUUUGAGAGGGAGAUGCGCUUUUGUUUCCCAGGCUGGAGUGCAAUGGCACCAUCUCAGCUCACUGCAACCUCUGCCUCCUGGGUUCAAAUGAUACUCCUGCCUCAGACUCCUGAGUAGCUAGGAUUACAGGCAGGUGCCACCAUGCCUGGCUAAUUUUGUAUUUUUAUUAGAGAUGAGGUUUCUCCAUGUUGGCGAGGCUGGUCUGGAACUCCCGACCUCAGGUGAUCCGCCCACCUUGGCCUGCCAAAGUGCUGGGAUGACAGGAGUGAGCCACUGCGCCUGGCCAUACCUCUGGUCUUUACUGUUCAUAUGUAUAAAAUGAAGAUUCUAAUACUCAACAGAGAUUUAUCGUAAGAGUAAAAUGAGAGGAUGAUUGUUGGCAGUGGAAGAUAUUUGAGUUACCCUGUGUCAGGGUAAAUCUGUACCAGUCUGCAGCAACUUCAGUUCUUGCCUUCUCAAAAGAAAGAAUUCAACCGAGGGGCAGAAAGCAGGAGAGUCCAAGGCAAGACUCAGAGCAGGAAUGUGUUUGUUAAAAAGCUUUAGAACAG